AUGGCCUCUGCCUCCAACGCCUCCGGCCCCAGUGCUGACGGCGUGUCCAAGACGGUGCACACAGAAGCCACGGACCCGUACACCACCAUGGCACAGUUUUCCUUUGCGCCCGCCACCAAGACGACCGUGGUCACGACGACCUACACCACCACCACCACGUUCCCGCCCCUAUGUGUAAACGCCCCAGGCAGCCUCGCCGAGCGAGAUCCCAAAGACUACCCGCUCGCCCAUGUCCAGGCCCCAGAGUCGAUACGCAAAUUCUACUUCGAGUCUGGAGGCGAGCUGGCUUGCUUUGAGGAAGCAGACGCUGCAUCGGAAAGGGUGCGAGAGGUACGCUUUUCCACGAUUCCAGGGAUGUGCCUGCAGCCGAGGCCUUUCGCGUCACAGCUGCUCAUGUCACAAUGCUCUGAACUGACGCCUUAUCUGCAGCAGAAGUCGCUCCAAGAAGCCCUCCGAUCCAACGGCAAAGUCCAAAAGGUCGAGUCUUUUAACGGUUCUCCAGUAUUCGCGACGCCCAACCGCACGACGCGUCCCAAGAUACGGGCCCACCAAGGCCUCCGCUCAGUCUCUGGCCGCCGAAAGCGAGACAAUGCAGACGAGUCUCCGCCGCCCCCGUCCAUCACCAAAGCCGUCGAGUUGGUUGGCAUACAUCGACAAAGCAAGAAGCCGAGGUUAGAUCGCGACAAGGGCGCAGACGCUGCCCAAAUGGCCCCCAACACUGCAUCCGACGAUAUUGAUGCUUCGUGUCCAGCUACACCCGAAAAGCACAGUGGAGAGCUGGGCUCGUCCAAGUUGCCAAAGCCCCGUCCAGGCCCGUUGCACCGGCCCGGUGUGAGGGCUGCCUCGCACCACCUUGGCCUGGGCAGAACGCCCUCGAAAUGGCAUCUCCGCGAGUCGUCUGCCGGACCGGCAUACUCUGCAAGUAACCCUUCUAGCCAGCGAGAAGAUUCUCCAGAGCACGCAUUCUCCAUGGGAGUCGUCGAUGGCCCUGGUGUAGCCGCUACCCCCCCAAUUGCCGAGUCGGACCUGGAACCAGUCGGGCCAUUUGCCCAAGACAGUUCCUUUUCCGCUUCACGACUUACCCCCCUCGAUACAAACUCUGCCCAAGAUGCCAGCUUACCAAGCCCUAGUCUGUCGCCCAUUACCGCUGCUGCAAAUCUUGCCCAACAAGCCAACAAUGGAUCGUCGUUUUCUGCCAUGGACAUGGAUUACGAUGCCGCCGAUCUGUCUGCACUCGAUUUCACACAAGGCGACCCAAGCAACUCACACCCAGGCGACUUUGCUCUGUUUCCCUCUGGCUCCAGACACCGCGAACACAAUGAUACCAACACUCAACUACCCACGCCUUCUAUCAUGGACAUACCGAAUAUGCUCAACUCGUUUGAUGCUCUGCCGGAGCAGAUGAAGUCGUAUGUUCUGUACCAAAUGCUCCGACGAUGCAAGAAGCCGACCCUGCACUUUGUUGCGGAUGUGGUAAAUCCCGCCCUCAAGCGCGACUUCAUUGCUUCACUGCCCACAGAGCUGAGUCUGGAGAUUAUCGGCUAUCUGGAUGUCAAGAGCAUGUGCAGCGCCGCACAGGUGUCCAAGUACUGGCGCAAGCUGACCGACACCCAUGAAUCCGCCUGGAAGGAUCUUCUUGACAAGGACGGUUACAGGCUGCCAGCUGGCGAGCUAGAGCGUGCUGUGCAGGAAGGCUGGGGAUGGCAAUACCCCCAUUCUGCCGAUAGUUAUGAGCGUGACCUGAGGGCCCAGUCGGUCUCGUCUCGGUCCGACAAUGAAGCAUCUUCCAGCUUUUCAGGUUCAAGUCUGCCUGGUGGCCUGCAGGACCAAGAGGGUGCAGUGACUCGAUCCUCGGCAUCACGUCAGAAGAGGAAAGCAACCAGCAAACAUGGCGGCGGCAGCGGCAAGAAACAACGCAAGAGUCGUUCCUCUACCAAGGCGCAGACUGCAUUGUACUCGCGACCUGCCGAGCUUCUAGAAGGGCCGCAUGCCUUCGCCAAGCGCGCGGAAGCUGCCAUUUCCGAUCCCAAUGUGGGCUUGCCCAGCCUGCGCGCUAUGCAUCUCUUCAAGUCGUUGUAUCAGAGGCAUCAUCUGAUCCGGAAGAGCUGGAUGGCCGAAGAUACAAAACCAAAGCACAUUGCCUUCCGCGCGCAUCAACGCCAUGUUGUGACUUGUUUACAAUUUGAUACAGAUAAAAUUCUUACGGGCAGCGAUGAUACCAACAUCAACGUUUACGAUACCAAAACAGGAGCGCUACGCACUCGUCUCGAGGGCCAUGAGGGGGGCGUGUGGGCCCUUCAGUACGAAGGAAACACAUUGGUGUCAGGCUCCACCGAUCGCUCGGUACGCGUUUGGGACAUUGAAAGUGGAAAGUGCACGCAGGUCUUCCAGGGACACACAUCUACCGUCCGAUGCUUGGUGAUCCUCAAGCCCACGCGGAUUGGUGAGACGCUGGAUGGACAGCCCAUCAUGAUGCCAAAGGAGGAGCUCAUCAUCACGGGCUCGCGCGACUCGACGCUCCGGGUAUGGAAGCUUCCCAAGCCAGGCGACCGGAGUAUUAUACAGACUGGAGCCGCGGCUAACGACCACGACAAUCCCUAUUUUAUCCGCGCUCUGACUGGCCACCACCAUUCUGUGCGUGCCAUUGCUGCACAUGGCGAUACGCUCGUGAGCGGUAGCUACGAUUGCACAGUUCGGGUGUGGAAAAUCUCAACCGGAGAGGUCCUACAGCGUCUUCAGGGCCACUCACAAAAGGUGUACAGUGUUGUCUUGGAUCAUGCCCGCAAUCGCUGCAUCAGUGGCUCCAUGGACAACAUGGUCAAAGUCUGGUCUCUGGAGACGGGUGCUUGUAUCUUCACCUUGGAAGGGCACACGUCUCUGGUAGGUCUUCUUGACUUGAGCCAUGAGCGCCUCGUGUCUGCGGCUGCCGACUCCACGCUCCGCAUCUGGGACCCAGAGAACGGGCAGUGCAAGAGCCGACUUUGUGCUCAUACAGGUGCCAUUACCUGCUUUCAGCACGACGGGCAAAAAGUCAUAUCGGGCUCUGAUCGCACACUUAAAAUGUGGAAUGUAAAGACUGGGGAAUUUGUAAAAGACCUGUUGACGGACCUGAGCGGCGUGUGGCAGGUCAAGUUUAAUGAGCGUCGCUGUGUCGCGGCCGUUCAACGGAACAACAUGACAUACAUUGAGGUUCUCGAUUUCGGCGCUUCGCGCGACGGUGUUCCCGCUGAGCAGCGAGGACGACGCAUUGUUGUCAACUCGAGGGGCCAUGAGCUUGAGGAUGUCACCGACAUGGAACCCCUAGAUGCGGACCAGGCCUAG